AUUCCCAGCUCACAGGCGAUAAGCGCGGAGUCCGGUACACUUAGUUUAAUUAAAUACUCUAGAACAUUUUUCUGAAAGGAAUUAUUUGUCAGUCAAAAGAAAUAAUGCGGCAUGUACUGCUUUUGCUCGUUGGAGCUCAUCUUGCCUAUGCUGGAACACACUCUCAGAGAUACUUCUACACUGGUGUUUCUGGAAUCAUUGACUUCCCAGAGUUCACUGCAGUUGGUCUGGUCGAUGAAGGGCAGUUUAUGUACUUUGACAGCAACACAAAGAAAGCUGUGCCAAAGACAGAGUGGAUCAGACAGAAUGUGGGAGAAGAUUACUGGGACAGUCAGACUCAGAUUGGUAUUGACACACAUCCAGUCUUCAAAGACGGCGUCCAGAUCCUAAAGGAACGGUUUAACCAGUCAGCAGGUAAGUUAGUAACAAACCCACCUACACACACAGACAAAGCCAUUAGUUUUACUUGACAGUGAAAUAUCUCU